AUGGUACUAGUGCAGGACAAUGUUCCAUCCUUGAGGUGUUUAGAACGGGGCAAACGUGUGCUGCUUGCCAGUGAGACUAUGAAAAGUGACCUCUACGUAGGCAACAAGAUUCUUUCCAUUGAGGAAAACAUGUUGCCACAUGGAGAAAAGACCAAGAUCGUGAGCAAGCUGUCUAUAUUGAGCAGCAAUGUUUCUGGUAUUUACUACUGCAUAGCUGUAAACAAGGCUGGGAUCGACGAGCGAAGCAUUCACUUCUAUGUCUCAGACGUGGCUGAUUUCCUGGAGUCCGAACCUCUAGUCUCAACGAUUGAAGGUUAUGAUGCUCGGCUCAAAUGUAAAGCGGCUAAAUAUAUCUACAAUCAGCUGGCUUGGUUCAAUCCGUUUGGGGAGAAGAUUCCUGUUAUAGACACUGAAAGCUUCAAAAAUAACUACUCGAUCUCCUUGACACUGGUAAUUAAGAAUGUGACCAAGCAGGAUACCGGGCAGUACAAAUGCAAAGCUUGGGCCCAGAAGAACAUCACUGGAAUGAUACAGCGCAAUACUCAGCUAUUAAUUAAAGAAAAAAUUGCUCCAUUCAUUAUUGAGAAUCUCACCAAUAUUGAAGUCAACAGGAGUGGCAAGAUUGUGCUGGAGUGCAGAGUGGGUGGGAUCCCAUGCCCUCAGAUUCACUGGUUUAAAAAUGGAGUUCCUCUUCUCCCUGCUUCAGGUGAGUUUGAAGAUAACAGCACCCUCGUUGUUGAGAGAGCUAAGAAAGAUGAUGAGGGACUGUAUCUCUGCAAAGCUGUCAAUGAGUUGGGAGAAAUCAGUACUGCAGCUCUUAUCACCGUGGAAGGGUCUGAAGAGAAAUCCAAUAUUGAAGUCAUCAUUCUUGUUUGUACUGGCCUUGCAGCUACUCUUUUCUGGCUUCUUCUGACCCUGGUUAUUCGAAAACUCCAAAAACCAAAUAUGUCAGAAAUCAAAACUGGUUACUUAUCCAUCAUCAUGGAUCCUGAAGAGAUGCCCCUGGAUCAACAGUGUGACAGACUUCCCUAUGAUGACAGUAAAUGGGAAUUCCCCAGGGAUCGACUACGGCUAGGGAAAAUCUUGGGUCAUGGUGCCUUUGGCAAAGUGGUAGAGGCUUGUGCCUUUGGCAUUGACAGAGCUUCAACUUGUAAAACAGUGGCUGUGAAAAUGCUGAAAGAUUGUGCAACUUCCAAUGAAUGUAAAGCUUUGAUGUCAGAGCUGAAGAUUCUUAUUCACAUUGGCCACCACCUCAAUGUGGUCAACUUGCUGGGAGCCUGUACUAAGCCUGGAGGUCCUUUGAUGAUCAUUGUAGAAUUCUGCAAGUAUGGAAACCUGGCCAAUUUCCUAAGAGGGAAGAGAGGAGACUUUAUUGCUUCCAAGUCUAAGGAAAACAAUGCUACCAUUCAUGAUUCUGACAACGAACUCUCUCAGCUAACUAAGCACCGUCUGCAGAGUGUGGCCAGCACAGAAAGUUCCACCAGCUCUGGUUUUAUUGAGGACAAGAGCUACAGUGAUUCUGAUGAGGAGGAAGAGAAUCUGGAUGAUCUCUACAAGCAUCCCCUCACUCUGGAGGACCUGAUCUGCUAUAGCUUCCAAGUAGCCAAGGGCAUGGAAUUCCUGGCUUCCAGAAAAUGCAUUCAUCGAGAUUUGGCUGCCCGGAACAUCCUUCUAGCUGAUAACAAUGUUGUGAAGAUUUGUGAUUUUGGUUUGGCUAGAGACAUCUACAAAGAUCCUGAUUAUGUCUGGAAAGGAGAUGCUAGACUCCCACUUAAGUGGAUGGCACCAGAAGCAAUUUUUGACAAGGUUUAUACCACCCAGAGUGAUGUGUGGUCUUUUGGAGUCUUGCUUUGGGAAAUAUUCUCUCUAGGUGCCUCGCCAUACCCAGGAGUACAAAUAGAUGAAGACUUCUGCCGUCGACUUAAGGAAGGAACACGAAUGAGAUCUCCUGAAUAUUCCACUCCUGAAAUCUACCAGACCAUGCUUGACUGCUGGCACAGUGUGUGUACCCUAAGACCCAAUUUCUCUGACCUGGUUGGGCGUCUUGGAGAUCUCCUUCAGGCCAGUGUUCAACAGGAUGGCAAAGACUACAUCCCCCUCAGUGGCACUGAUGGAAUGCCCACCUUUAUGAAUCUGGAUCCAGUGCAAGAGACCAUGAGCAAUGAUACCACCUUGGAAGACAGACCAAGAGAUGUCAGCAGGAGCAAGGAAUCCUUUGUGAUGGAGGCCGAUUUGGAGCUUGUGAAAUACCAUUCAGCCCCUGUUCUUGAAGAGGAAGGUCAACUGGAAGAUACUUCCCUCCUGCCACUGGAUCCCACCCUUGAGUGUCACAGCCCACCUCCUGAUUAUAAUUUUGUGGUUCACUACAGCACUAUAUCCAUGUAA